AUCCCCAAAAGGAUUCCAUUAUUCACCGAACUUGUUUCUCCUCUCUUUCGAAGAUCUUCUUCUUCCCUCCCUCGACCAGGUCAAAAUCUCAGGUGUUCUUAUACAAAAUAUUCCUGGUGUUCUUCACUGAGAUCUAAAUUCUUCUUCUUCAUCUGGAUUUCUUCGAGUAUCUCUGUAUCUUAUCGAUUCUGUCGGAAACCCUUCUCUGCGAUAUUUCCAAGCUUCUUUAAGUUUGCAAAGUCAGAGAGAUAUAAAAGUUUCGGGAGAGCUGAUCUGGGAAUUCAACUCUUCCGGUGCUUAUUCUUUCGGGUUUCCUGGUUUAUUGGACCACUUGGUUUUACUUGUAAGGAGUUGGUUCCGCCUAUUUCUACUUAUAGGUGGCAAAGGACUGAAGUCUCUAAUAAGGAAAUUGGAGUAGUAGAGCUUUUGCUAGCAUAUGGAGGAGGAUCACACCUUCGUUGUUGGCCAACAGUUUCCUGAUGUGAAAACUUUCCGCAAGAACAUUAAAGAGGCUGCAAUUGCACAACACUUUGAGCUUCGGAUAAUAAAAAGUGAUCUGAUUCGUUACUUUGCAAAGUGUGCUACAGAGGGUUGUCCGUGGCGUAUUCGUGCAGUUAAGCUUCCCAAUGUACCCACGUUCACAAUAAGGAGCCUUGAAGGCACACAUACAUGUGGUAAAAAUGCUCAAAUUGGCCACCAACAGGCUUCCGUUGAUUGGAUUGUGAAUCUUAUAGAAGAACGUCUGCGGGAAAACAUGAAUUACAAACCAAAAGAUAUAUUACAAGACAUACAUAAGGAGUACGGGAUCACCAUACCGUAUAAGCAAGCUUGGCGAGCAAAGGAACGGGGAUUAGCUGCAAUUUAUGGUUCUUCUGAGGAAGGAUAUUGCCUCCUUCCUGCAUAUUGUGAGCAAAUAAAGAGAACGAAUCCUGGAAGCAUCGCACAAGUGUUCACUGCUGGGGGAGAUAAUAGGUUUCAACGGCUAUUCGUUGCGUUUUACGCGUCGAUCCAUGGGUUUGUGAAUGGAUGCCUGCCACUUAUUUCUAUUGGUGGAAUUCCUCUGAAAAGCAAGUACCUUGGUACGCUACUUUCAGCUACAUGCUUUGAUGCAGAUGGCGGCUUGUUUCCACUUGCUUUUGCUAUUGUUGAUGUUGACAAUGAUGAGAGCUGGAUGUGGUUUUUGUCAGAGUUACAUAAAUUGCUAGAGAUGAAUACCGAAAAUAUACCUCAGCUUACAUUUCUAUCAGAUGAGCAAAAAGGUAUUGUUGACGCAGUGAAAAGGAAAUUUCCUAGUGCAGCUCAUGCGUACUGCAUGCGCCAUCUGACCGACAGUGUGAGCAAAGAAUUCAAGAACUCGAGGCUUGUGCAUCUUCUCUGGAAGGCAGCUUAUUCCAUUACCACUAUUGGCUUUAAAGAGAAAAUGGCGGAAAUCGAGGAGGUUUCACCGGAAGCAGCCAAAUGGAUCAAUGAAAUUUCACCCUCUCGUUGGGCAUUUCCGUAUUUUGCAGGAGCUAGAUUUGGGCAUCUCUCCUCAAACAUUGAAGAAUUCAAUAAGUGGAUCUUUGAGGCACGAGAACUGCCGAUAAUCCAGGUCAUGGAACAGAUUCAUAGUAAGUUGAUAGAAGAGUUUGGUGAACGACGAUCGAAGAGUCUGGCUUGUAUGACCGUGCUUUCCCCCUCUGCGGAGAAGCAUAUUGCAGAAGCGGUUAAUCGUGCAUCUCCCUAUCAAGUACUUAGAUCCGAUGAAGUGGAGUUUGAGGUUCUAUCUAGUGACCGAUCCGACAUUGUUAAUAUUGGGACCCGUUGUUGCUCUUGUCGUGAUUGGCAAUUUUAUGGCUUACCCUGCUCACACGCCGUGGCAGCACUUAUUUCGUGUAGAAAAGAUAUCUACGAGUUUUGUGAGCCAUAUUUCAGUGUUGCCAAUUACCGAUCAACGUAUUCAGAAGUGAUACAUCCCAUCCCAGCUAAAAUCGAAUGGAGCAAGGACAGCGAAGUUCCAAUGGAGGAAGAAAGUAGACUUGUACGACCGCCGAAGUUUCGUCGUCCACCAGGACGGCCUGAAAAGAAGCGUCUUUGUGUAGAGGACCUUAACCGAGAGAAGCAUACAGUACAUUGUAGUAAGUGCAACCAAACAGGACACUAUAAGACUACCUGCAAAACAGAUACUAUGAAUAGUAUAGAGCAGUUUUAGAAUUGUGUAAUGUAGUUUUGUAUUGUGGCUUUUUAGGUAGGUAUCUAAUCUAGUUAGAAUCAGAGUAGUGAAAAUGUUUCCCACGUCUGAUGAUAUUGUGUAUUUGGCUACUCAUUUAUGUUCUGUAAAUGGGAGCAUCUCCAUUGUAUUCUAAUGUUAGCUAUUUGCUUGCAGGAACUUUAAGACUUGAAGCUUUCUA